AUGUGUAUAUAUUGGGCGAAGGAGCCUGUGAUUGCUGUCAGCAUUGGCAUCGCCACCCUGGCCAUGGUCUCGCUGCUGCUGAGCCCCUACAACAAGUACUUGGGGAUGAUCAACUGGGCGAUGCCAUACACCUACCUGGUGCUGCUGUGGGAUGACGGGGCGAUGCCAGACAUCCCCUCCCACCCCUGCGACGAGAAGGGUUCUCGUGAGACCCCACUGUGA